CCAGAAUAAUCCCAUGCAAGAUUCAAAGAAGAAGAAGUGUUCUAAUCCAAGAAGGAAAAUUUAAAAUCCACAGAAGAAAACUUGUUUUUCUUGGGCGAGAAAGUGAAAACGAAAAUUUUCUCGGGAAAAUUCAGUGGAAUUUGUGAGGGGAUUAUGCCACCCAUGUGGAUGAACAGCGGCAAGAACAACUUACCCGGCAGGGGGUUUUCCACCCCUCCGCCAUCGUGGAAAUCGAGGCCUUUCCGGUCACCGCAAACGGCGGCGUUUUCAGAGAGGAAAAGAUCGACACCCAAUUCUGUCAAUAAACCUGAUCUUUUUCAUGUCAUUCAUAAAGUUCCCUCUGGGGACUCUCCCUAUGUUAAGGCAAAGCAAGUUCAGUUGAUAGACAAAGAUCCGGGUAAGGCUGUUUCUCUGUUUUGGGCGGCGAUAAACGCCGGAGAUCGAGUGGACAGUGCACUGAAAGACAUGGCUGUAGUGAUGAAGCAAUUGGACCGGUCUGACGAAGCGAUUGAGGCGAUCAGAUCGUUUCGCCAUCUCUGUCCUUACGAUGCUCAGGAAUCUAUUGACAAUGUCUUGAUUGAAUUAUACAAGAGAUCUGGAAGGAUACAAGAAGAGAUUGAUAUGCUUCAAUGCAAACUUAAACAAAUCGAAGAAGGCACGGUUUUUGGAGGGAAGAGGACGAAGGCCGCGAGAUCCCAAGGGAAGAAGGUGCAAAUUACCAUCGAGCAAGAGAAAUCGAGAGUUCUUGGAAACUUGGCCUGGGCUUUCUUGCAGCUGGACAACGUCUAUGUCGCCGAAGACUAUUACCGGCGAGCGUUGUCACUCGAGUCAGACAACAACAAAAAAUGCAAUCUUGCAAUAUGUUUGAUCCUUACGAAUCGACUCGUGGAAGCGAAAUUUCUGCUUCAGUCUGUAAGAGCUUCUUCUGGAGGCAAGCCAAUGGAAGAAUCAUAUGCCAAAUCCUUUGAACGUGCAUCUCAUAUGCUGGCUGAAAAAGAAUUAAAGACCGGAGACGAUAACAGCACCGUGAUGACGAUAACCUCGACUGCUAGAGCUCGGCCGCCGUCUUCUGUUUCUUCUCGUGUCACUGCAUCGACAAUGUGGACUUCGGACGAUAACGUAAAUGAUCAUAUUCGGGACGAUCAUCGACAUAAUUAUCUGUGUUGCAAUGAAAAGCUAGUGAAAAGUAACUCCAGCAUUCCCAUCAAAAUGAAGGCAUAUAACCAAGAUGAGAGUUUCAACUGUAGCUCGUUAUAUUCGUCACCGACUCGACCAAGACGAAACAUCGAAGUUCCGUUCACUCAACCGAAAAACUCCUUUUGGGAAUUCGAUACUCGACACCGGAGGCAGCGAAAAGGAACAACAACUAAUGGUUCGAGUAGUCUUGUAGAUGAUGAUGCUUGUUCUGAAUCGGAAGGAACUCGAACGACAUCGAAUUAUAAGUCGAAGUAUAAGCCUACAGCUCUCAUUGCUGCUGUUGAACUCGAAGUUCCAUUUACACAACCGAGGAGUUGUUCGUGGGGUAUUAACAGAGGAGGAUGUUCGAGAAAGGCGACCGAGUGCUUUCGAGGUUUGCCUCGGAGUAGAAAACUUUCAUUCGAGCCUCGGAUGAACACCGAAAAUAUUCAAAGAUCUGAACUCAAUGAACCUCAAGAUCUUGAUGAUUGGAAGCAGAAUUCUUGUGAAGAUAUCGAGUAUGAGGAUGUUACAAUGUCGUACGACCGGAUCGUAAAGGAAGACGACGAUCAAAAGAUCAAGCGGAAUUCAUCAACAGUUGGUGAGAAGAAGAGUUGGGCAGAUCUAGUUGAAGAAGACGAAGACGACAAUGACGAGAGGGAAGAAGAUCAUACUACCGAAGCAACAUCGUCGAGUGGAGGAGGUCAUCGAGUCGAUUGCUUCGGCCAUUGGAGCAGUGAAAAUGAAGAGGAGGAGUUCAAUAAUGAGAAUCUGAAUUCCAAUAUACUCCACAAGAACAACAGUCCAAGCAACAAUCAACAGGUUGAAGACGACUCGGUCGACGUCGUUUCAUCGACAAAUCCAGCAAUUCGACGCCCUUUAUACUUCAAUCAACAGCCUAUGGUCGACACGAUGGAUAACUGCCGCUCCUCGCCAUUUCCGGCCGCCAUGGCCGGAGAGAAUGUGAACUUGAUGAGGAGUAGCAGAUUGCAAGUAUUCCAAGAGAUAACAGUGCAUCAUCAAGAGAGCUAGAAUGUUAUUAAAAAAAAAAAAAAACUAUCUCUUUUUCACAUUUUCAGUUGUUUUUUGGUUGUAAAUAAUUUUGUAAAGG